UCAGGCACAUCUUUGGACCGCCCCUGUCGCCCUCAAGGCACCAGCCCAACCUGACAGCAGCAGCACAAUAAUAAUAAUCAAAUGUCCGGCGAAAUCUGUAAAUGAUCGUCUUCAUUUCAGUCUUUAAUCGUAGUUUUAGAGGUUGUUAAAAUGCCGCUGUUUGAUGGCUUGGUCAGCGGAGGAGAGAAGACUGCAAUCAUCAUAGAUUUGGGAGCGGCGUAUACAAAAUGUGGCUUCGCCGGGGAAACGGGGCCCAGGUUCAUAAUUCCGAGCGAGAUCCGGAGACCAGGACAGCAACCUGUCAAAGUGGUUCAGUACAACAUCAACACAGAAGAGCUCUAUGUCAUUCUCAAAGAGUUUAUCCACAUACUUUACUUCAGACAUCUUUUGGUGAAUCCUCGCGACAGAAGAGUGGUCAUCAUCGAGUCCAUCCUCUGCCCAUCGCAUUUCAGAGAGACACUCACCAAAGUUUUCUUCAAACAGUUUGAGGUUCCUUCUAUUCUGUUUGCCCCGAGUCACCUCAUGGCUGUGAUGACGUUAGGAAUAAACUCUGCUCUAGUGAUGGACUGUGGACACACAGAGACACUGGUGCUGCCUGUUUAUGAAUGCACUCCUAUUCUUCCUGCUUGGGAGGCUUUACCAUUGGGAGGAAAGGCUAUUCACAAAGAGCUGGAUGCCCUUUUGGUGGAGCAGUGCACAGUGGACACAGACACCAGCGCUGGGCAGACUGUAGCUGCUGCAAUUGGGACCAUUCCAGAAGAUAUUGUAGAGGAUAUCAAAGUGAGGACAUGCUUUGUCAGUGACCUGCAGAGGGGGCUCAAGAUUCAAGACGCUAAAUUUAAUCCAGAAGCAGAGCGGCCAGCUCCUCCCCCAGAUGUAGACUUUCCUUUGGAUGGAGAGAAAAUUCUACACGUCAAAGGCUCCAUCAGAGACUCACUUAUGGAGAUUCUGUUUGAACAAGACAAUGAAGAGAAGAGUGUAGCAACAUUAAUACUAGACACACUUGUGAAGUGCCCCAUUGACACUCGAAAAGUGCUCUCUGAAAACCUGGUGGUGAUUGGAGGAACUGCCAUGCUCCCUGGUUUUCUACACAGAUUGUUGGCAGAAAUACGCCUCCUGGUGGAGAAACCAAAGUACAGUGAGGUCCUGGCCAGCAAGAGCUUCCGCAUCCACUCCCCACCGGCCAAAGCCAACUGCACAGCCUGGCUCGGAGGUGCCAUAUUUGGAGCUCUCCAGGACAUUUUGGGCAGUCGUUCAGUGUCCAGAGAUUAUUAUAACCAAACAGGGCGUAUUCCAGAUUGGUGCUGCCUGAGCUCACCUCCUCCCGAGUCCCUGUAUGAGGCAGGAAAGACCCCUCCUCCACUCAUGAAGAGGGCUUUUUCUACAGAGAAGUAACCACGGAAACAUGUGUAUUUUGUACAGUUAAAUUAUGAUAUGUUGUCAAACUAUAAACAGUUUACAUUAGUUAACGGGGGCACAAUGUAACUUUUCUGGUGAUAGGUCUGCUACUUGUUAUCUAGUUUAUCUAGCUCAUGCUUUGCCUUUCCUGCAAUGUUCCACACUAUAGCAUUAAAUCUAUUCAUAUUGUCAUUUUUCUAUUACACGUGUUUUAUUGUGUAAAAAAUAACUGAAAACAUGCAUUGUUAAUGUAAGCGGGGUCGCCUCUCCACACAUCUGACCUGUAAUUUGGUCUGAUGCCGGCACCUCCUUGUCUCCAUGGAGAUAGAUAGUAUUAAUUGCAUACUGUGGAACAUUCUAGGCAAAACAGCUGGUGAUCUCUUUCUGUCUCUACUCAAAAAGUUACAAAGUGCACCUUUAAAAAGUAAUAAUGCAUUGGUCUAAUAAAGUCAUUGUUACUUUACAUUACUCUACCCAUAAGUUACUCUUAUAGUCAGAGCUAAUCAGGAGCUAACUGUUAAUCAUGUGGCUGCCAAUCUUUCAGAAAACGUUUGAAUAUGACUGUUAACCUGCUUAUUACUAGAAUUAGCAUCUAGUAUAAAGGAUGCUCCAGUCAUUCCAGUUUUGAAUUUACAUACUUUGGAAAUGCUUUUACAGUGUCAGAUUACACCAGUUUAAUGUAUUUAUUGUUUUGAAAUUGCAGAGUAACAUACAAUUCGAUAUAAUUUCUGUAUGUAUUAUAAUAGCUGCCUUUAAAACUGAAAACUUACCUGUAAACGCCAUCAGUGUAUUUUGCUGAGUAGGAAUAAACGUUAAGCAAUGAACAAA